CAGGGUUCAGUGCUAGGACCAAUUCUGUUUACAUUAUACAUGCUUCCCUUAGGCAGUAUCAUUAGAAGACAUAGCAUACACUUUAACUGCUAUUCAGAUGGGGUACUGCAUGAUAUCCCAUAAUUACUGUUUUAUUUUGUUUUGCUUUUCCUACAUCUUAAAACUGACCUCCUUUUAAUACUAACAUUAUGGACAAUUAAAAGUUACAUAGGCUAUAACACUGUACAUAAUAUCAAUGCUUCCAGUUUUGCUCACUGAGACUAAUGUUAUGCUCUGUGUUCCUUUUCAACACAGGUCACUGAUGUUAAUGACAAGUUUAAAGAACUAUUAUCAAAGUAUGACAUCAGAGAGGAUCAAAAUGUGAAGAUUCCACUGAAAAACAGGAUGAAAACUCUCCAAAAUGAGCUGACAUUACAAUAUUUUAAAGAGCACCACAUCCCCACUUCAUUACAGUGGGCUUUGGAUCAGGCUACUGGAUAUGUGAACCUGUCUCUGACUGAGCGGUUCAACAUUCUGAAGUCAGUUGUGAAGUUGACCUUAGAUGGUGACUCUGAUAUUAAAUGUUUCCUCACGACUGGACAAGACAGGAAGACUGAGUUCCUCUUCAAUUUGCAGGAACAGCUACAAGCUAAAAAUCCAACACUGGCCAGACAGGUGUUAGCAAAUGUUCUGGAUCUGUCCUCAAAGCUGACCCAAUCAUGUAAGGAGAUCCUCUGUCACAUAGUCUUCAACAACAUCUGGACACCAAAAGAAAUCAGGCUUUUCAUUAGACAGACCUCGAGAGUGGAUCAGGAAACAGUCGUAAAAAUCCUCCACAAAGCGUGCACCUACAGGCUGAGCUGUAACGACGCUCUCUCUGCCCUGAAAAAGAAAAAUCCUGUAGACUACAUCCAACAUUGUGUGGACAGAGCUGAGCAUGACAAAGAUGCUGACACACUAUUGGCUGAACUGGAAGACAAAAACUAUCCAGAGUGUAUCCUGUCACUCCUGCGAAAAGUCCUGACGUAUAUUGAAGAAGAGCUACCCAAAUAUGUAAGUAAGCCCAUUAAGGCGAAGAAGAUUGAAGAUUGUAAAAAGAUAAUAAAUUCUCUUGAUUUUAACAAUCAUAAGAUUGAUGCUCUGAAGAAAGUCCUGAUCAUCGUAUCCAGAGCUGUAAAGGAAUGCACCACCUUUACCAUGCAAAGCGGUGAACAAGUUCAGGGCUACUUCCCAAGACUCAGUCAGCUGGCUUCACUGCUGCUACUCCUGUUGCCACAGUCUGGGGAUAAAAAAGGUAGUCUGUUGGAAAUUGGCACCGGAGAGGGCAAAACUUGUAUUUUAGCCAUGUUUGCUACAAUACAGGCCACACGAGGCGUAAAGGUGGACAUUGUGACAAACUCUUCUUUGUUAGCAAGUCGUGAUCAGGAUGAGUGGAGAAAAUUAUAUGAUGUGUUUGGUAUUACAUCAUCCACGGUGCCUCCAACACACAUCGAUAACUGCUCUUUUAAAGAUAAUGACAAGCUGCUUGAGGAUGCAUACAGCCAGCAGGUUGUUUAUGGUACAGUUGGUACCUUUGCAGCAGACAUACUGAGGCAAGAGUAUGAGAAGAAGACUACUCGAGGUCUGAGGGGGUUUGAAUGUGUGGUAGCAGAUGAGGUGGACUACAUGACACUAGACUGUGGAGUGCAGGUCACAUAUCUGUCAGACCAAGC